CAGGAGAGCUCCAACCCGGACACCGAGCUCCGCAUCGGGACGCAGCGCUGCGGCUCGUCCCGCCUGGCCAUGGCGCAGAUAAGAAAAACUCAGAUGCUGAGCUGAAGCUGGAAACUUCAUGGACGCAGCGUUAAAGUUUCCUCUGAGGGGGGAUUUCUUUAUUCUAACCCUUGGGGCCACCGACUCUCUUGCCUCUUAGCUGUUUUUAUUUCUGGACCAGGAAGCUGCAGCCAUGGCGGAUGCGUCAGAGUGCGGAGUGAAGGUGAUGUGCCGCUUCAGGCCCCUGAAUGAGGCCGAAAUCACCAGAGGGGACAAAUACAUCCCCAAGUUUAAGGAGGACGACACCGUGGUGAUAACCGGCAAACCCUACGUGUUCGACCGUGUGCUGCCGCCAAACACGUCACAAGAGCAAGUUUACGAGCAGUGUGCCAAACAGAUAGUCAAAGAUGUGCUGUGCGGUUACAACGGGACAAUCUUCGCUUAUGGACAGACGUCUUCUGGAAAGACCCACACCAUGGAGGGCAAGCUGCACGACCCGCGGCUGAUGGGCAUCAUCCCUCGCAUCGCCCAGGACAUCUUCGACCACAUCUACUCCAUGGACGAGAACCUGGAGUUUCACAUCAAGGUUUCCUAUUUUGAAAUCUACUUGGACAAGAUCAGGGACCUGCUGGACGUGUCGAAGACGAACCUCGCUGUGCAUGAAGACAAGAACAGGGUGCCCUAUGUGAAGGGCUGCACUGAGCGCUUUGUGUCCAGUCCUGAGGAGGUGAUGGACGUCAUCGACGAGGGAAAGGCCAAUCGGCACGUGGCGGUGACGAACAUGAACGAGCACAGCUCCCGCAGCCACAGCAUCUUCCUGAUCAACAUCAAGCAGGAGAACGUUGAAACGGAGAAGAAGCUGUCGGGGAAGCUCUACCUGGUGGAUCUGGCCGGCAGCGAGAAGGUCAGCAAGACCGGCGCUGAGGGCGCGGUGCUGGACGAGGCGAAAAACAUCAACAAGUCUCUGUCGGCGCUGGGGAACGUCAUCUCCGCUCUGGCUGAGGGAACUAAAACCCACGUGCCGUACAGGGACAGCAAGAUGACCCGGAUCCUGCAGGACUCCCUGGGAGGGAACUGCCGCACCACCAUCAUCAUCUGCUGCUCGCCGUCCGUCUACAACGAGGCCGAGACUAAGUCCACGCUCAUGUUCGGACAGAGAGCGAAGACCAUCAAGAACUCGGUGUCUGUGAACCUGGAGCUGACGGCCGAGGAGUGGAAGAAGAAGUACGAGAAGGAGAAGGAGAAGAACAAGAGCCUGAAGACCGUCGUCCAGAGGCUGGAGGCCGAGCUGAACCGCUGGAGGAACGGGGAGAGCGUUCCUGAGGAGGAGCGGCUGAGUGCUAAAGAUCAGAAGAGCGUGGAGCUGUACGACAACACCCCCAUCAUCGACAACCUGCAGCCAGAGGGAGGAGGAGGAGGCGUCUCCAGCCAAGAGAGGAGCACGCAAGAGGAGGACAUCAGGACGCUGUACAAACAGCUGGAUGACAAGGACGAUGAAAUCAACCAGCACAGCCAGCUUGCUGAGAAACUUAAAGAGCAGAUGUUGGAUCAGGAAGAGCUGCUGGCGUCGACCAGGCGGGACCACGACAAGAUCCAGGAGGAGCUGUGCCGGCUGCAGACGGAGAACGAGCUGGCCAAGGAGGAGGUGAAGGAGGUGCUGCAGGCCCUGGAGGAGCUGGCCGUCAACUACGACCAGAAGAGCCAGGAGGCCGAGGAGCGGGAGCAGGCCAACCAGCAGCUGGCCGAGGAGCUGCAGCAGAAAACGACGCUGCUGUCGGCGGUGCAGCGGGAGCUGAACCAGCUGGAGGAGCUGAACGGCCUGCAGAGGAGGAGAGCCACCGAGGUCCUCAACCUGCUGGUGCGAGACCUGAGCGACAUCGGCGCCAUCGUCGGCACCGGCGACAUCAAGGCCGCCCCGUCCGCAGAGGCCAAGGGGAACGGCUCGGCGCUGGAGGAGGAGUUCACCGUCGCUCGCCUCUACAUCAGCAAGAUGAAGUCCGAGGUCAAGUCUCUGGUGAAGCGUGGCAAGCAGCUGGAGAGCGCCCAGGCCGACGCCCAGCACAAGAUCCAGGCCAACGAGAAGGAGCUGGCGUCCUGUCAGCUGCUCGUCUCGCAGCACCAGGCCAAGAUCAAGUCUCUGACCGACUACAUGCAGAACAUGGAGCAGAAGAAGAGGCAGCUGGAGGAGAGCCAAGACGCGCUGAGCGAAGAGCUCGCCAGGCUGCAGGCCCAGGAAAAACGACACGAGGCGUCAAAGGAGGACGGCUCGGACGGAGAAGACGGUGUGAAGCUCCAGAAAACGGUGGAGGAGCAGCUGGAGAGCCACAGGGAGGCCCAUCAGAAGCAGCUCGGCCGCCUGAGGGACGAGAUCGAAGACAAGCAGAAGAUGCUGGACGAGCUAACGGAUCUGAACCAGGGUCUGUUGCUGGAGCGAGAGAGACUCGCGUCGGACUAUGAGAAGCUGAGGGCCGAAGAACAGGACAAGGACUCAAAGUUGCAGAAGCUCAUACUGUUGAACGAGCACAGGGAGCAGGCCAGGGAGGACCUGAAGGGGCUGGAGGAGACUGUGGCCAAAGAGCUGCAGACUCUGCACACCCUACGCAAACUCUUUGUCCAGGAUCUCACAGCGCGAGUUAAGAAGAGCGCAGAGCUCGACUGCGAGGAGGGGCUCGGCAACGUUGCUCAGAAGCAGAAAAUCUCCUUCCUGGAAAACAACUUGGACCAGCUCACCAAGGUCCACAAGCAGCUGGUGAGGGACAAUGCAGACCUUCGCUGUGAGCUGCCCAAACUCGAGAAGCGUCUGCGGGCCACGGCGGAGCGCGUCAAAGCUCUGGAGAACGCCCUGAAGGAGGCCAAGGAGAACGCCAUGAGGGACCGCAAGCGCUACCAGAAAGAGGUGGACCGCAUUAAAGAGGCGGUCCGGGCCAAGAACAUGGCCAGGAGGGGGUAUUCUGCACAGAUCGCAAAGCCCAUCAGGCCGGGCCAUCACCCACUAUCGUCCCCCAUCAUCAGCACCGUCAGAACCGGAGCAAUCUACGCUCAGAACUGAAACAGGGACAGCAAUUAAAACCUGCGAGGGCAGAUUGUUAUCAUGGUACAGGUUGUGACCAGUUUGCUGCAUGACGACCACCAAUUUCACCUGGAUCCCCAACCCACGCCCCUUUCCUUGGAGCACCGAGGGAAAGCCUUCACAACCAAAACCUUUUCACCCAGAGAAACAAAAGGAGUCUGCAGAUCCCGAUGAGACUGACAUUUCUUAUGCUCUGACACCAGAUACUUCACGUUACUUGUCCUUUAUGCAGCUAUUACUUUAGUUGUCGAUAUUCAGUUAUAUGGUGAAUUUCGUUUCACAGUAAAAAUAAAGCUGUUCCAGAUUUUGGUAAGUAGCUUUCGUGGGAAUACAACAUUUUCUUUAAAAAUAAAAAGACUUGAAAUUCCAGACCAGUAGGUGGCGAUAACUUCCAAAGACACGUCAAAAGACAAAUAUAUGGGCCCCAUAUGUAAAAUAUUGGUGUGAGCCCCAUAUGGGCUUGGUUCAGGUUCAGGCUACUAAGUGGUUCAGGGCUCAAUGUUUGCAUCCUUUAUGGGGCCCAUUUGUUUUGACCCAUACUUCAAACCCCUAUUAGGCUCCUAAUGUGGGUCUUGGUUCGCUCUCAAAUUGAUAACGAAUAAAUUAGGUAUAGCCAAGACAUGUAGAAGGUCCACAUGGGUCCCACCUUUCGCUGCAUUAAAGGAUAACAUGUUACCCAGUGGAAAAUUCCACCUGAGGCCAAUUUUUCAACCCAUUUCUGGCCCAUGUGUAAAUUUGCUAGUUAAUUUAUUUAUCUUUCUAUGAAAUAUGCCUUCUAAUAUAAUUUGGUUAAUUAUAAAGCCUGUAUGUAUUUCAGAAGAAAUACACAUUAUUUGAUGCAGUUUUUCCUCAUUUCUGAUACACUUCCAUGUCCUAAACUCCAAAAUUGCACCAUGCAGAGGUUAGAGAGACCCAGAAGGACACUGACCAGCCAUUCAGAUGUUCUCUGGACUGAGAAAAUGAGACAGGCCUGUUUUACCUCAUCUGUGUGGUAGAUUGGGCUUUUAGACAGUUUUAUCUCAGAAUUACAACCAUCUGCACAUUCUCAAACAAUCCCCUGAAAAGUCCACUGAAAUAAAGAAAAUUAACGCACAUUUCUGUCCAACAGUUUUAUUUUAUGAAUAUACAAAAAAAAGCUAACCAAGUAAUGAAUGUAAGUGCAUGGAUGAGAGCUUGCACCUAAAGCUUGUUCAGUAGAAGCCAUUUGGAUAUGUUCUGCAUUUACCUCACUGUACAAAUGUGUGUUCUCAGUUUGAUCAACUUUCUCUUUAGUUUUCUUGAUAGAGGCAUCAUUUGUCUGAAUUUACCUGCAAAUAAAGAUAAUUAACGUCA